GAGCACAAGAGCAUCUUUUUUUCGCUUUUGGCUACUAUAAAUAGGUCCCCUGGGUUACUUCUAUUGCAUGAAUUUCUAGCUUCCAAACCCACCAAGAUUGAUCGAGCAAUCGGGCUUUUGGGAUAGAUCAUCUUACUGUAUUGUUAAAUCUUGAUCUGGGAUUCCAAUAUGGCCGCUGUUGAGGUUGCUGCUAUGCCCGCUGAAUUGAGCCCUGCAACUGAAGAAGUGCAUGUCCAGGCUGUUGAGCAGCCCCCAAAGGAAGAAGAAUCUGCCCCCGUUGUUGAACAGGAGGCUGUGGAGAAAACAGUUGAAGAGACCCCUGCUGCAGAAGAGCCCAAAGCAGAGGAAGAAAGCCCUGUAGCAGAGGUGGCUAAGGUCGAGGAGGUGUCUACCCAAGAGGAGAUUCCAGCUGAGGAAGCAAAAGAAGAGGUGGUGGAAGAAGCAGCACCUGCCAAGGAAGCAGAAGAAGAGUCCCCUGCUAAAGAAGAAGAAGAAAAAGAGGUUGCAAAGGAAGUAGCAGAAGAGAAAGAGGCUCCUGCAGCUCCAACAGAAGUUGUGGAGAAGGAAGCCCCUGCUCCUGAAACUCCUGUGGAGGAAGAGACCCCUGUUGAGGCAGUAUCUGCUCCAGUCACAGAAGAAGUUGUAACACCUGCUGCUGAAGAAGUGAAGACUGAAGCAUCAGAGUGAAGAAUGAUGGUUGUGGUAGAUUAAUAAGGGAUGUGCAUGUAAGAGAUCUAUAGAAUAGAUCAGAUCAGAUCAGAUCAUCAGACGAGUUGAUGUUUAUAACAGAUGUUUUAGGUGGUUGAUAUAGUUAGCUCAGGUGUAUAAGCCACAGUUGAAAGAUUCAGCUUCAGCUUGCAGGGGAUUGCACACAUAGAAGUCUUUUUCUUUGCCCCUUUCGAUCGUUCUAGUUUGGCUUGAUUUUAAAGAGAAACUAAAAGCAUUUGUAUGUCAGUCCAGAGAUAAUAAAAGUAUGGGUCUAGUUUAUUAUGUAA